CACACUGCUGCCUUUCAACUAAAAGCUUUUUGUGCUGCUGGCAGAGCGGCAUGGAGGGGAAAGGAGAGCGGAUGGGAGUGGUUAGAAGAGAGGGAGGGAAAAUGAAGGGCCUCCCUCACGGUUGCCAAGGCAACUUGAUGUCAUGGUGACAUCACGCACCACUAAAAGCUUUUAACCGGAUUCCUCUCCUGCCUUAGGCCCCAUUUUGAGUCCUCUUUCAGUGAGGCUAGGGGGAAGGGCACAGGCAGGACGGUGCAUGUGCCUUCAUGCAUGUAUCACUCCCUCACUGCAGAUUCAAAACAGCUCUUAGCACAGUAAAAGACUUUCAAAUCCAGCCUUUAGAGAUCCUAUUCCUGCAAAUACAGCCUUCACAGGCCAAGAGAACCAUUUCAAAAAAUGGCAACAGAGGACGGUUUCAGCUACUUAUUGCAAGGCCACAGUGAGAAACACAGGCGGGCCCCGAACUGGACUGAUGGUGAAAUGAAAGCUCUCCUGUAUGUGUGGGAGGAACACCACAACGAAUUGAAAAUGAGCAAGAGGAACGCUAAGGUUUACGAGAAGAUGUCCCAGAGGUUUUUCCAGCUGACCGGAGAGCAGCGUUUCAAAGAGGAGAUCAAGAUGAAAAUCACCAACAUGUCCUUUCAGUACAGGAGACUGAAAUCAACCGUCAAUGAAAGUGGGGAGACACCGGACUGGCCGUAUUACAAGCCCAUCGAGAAGAUCCUCUCCAAGCCGCUGGAGAACGGACGGGUGAACUCCUCAGUGGAGUUCCAGGCCUCUGCUGCAGGUCCCUCCACUUCCAGCCAGUCUACAGACAACCUGGUGCCCCUGUCAGAGGAGGGGAUGAUGGGAUUCCUGCCAGAGUACACAGGCUCUUCAGAUGAAAUGGAGAUCAAACAAGAGUUGGACUCUUUGAGCUCUGACAGUGAGCACACACAGGGCUCCAGCUCUCACCCAACUUCAGCCAGGAAAAGACAUGCCAACAAGCACCUGUCCAUAAAGAGAAAGAAACUGCAAAUAAUGCAGUCCAUGUUGCAGCAACAGAGGAGGUCGAGUCGGGCCAUAGAAGAGACGUGCAGGGAGGUUCGUCGAGCCAUACAGCAACAGAACCUCCUCCAGGUCCAGUGUCUGCAGAUGCAGGACCGUAUGAUGAACCUUCUGGAGAAGAUGAUCCAGCCUCCCUCCGCCACGUCGGCAUCAUGGGGUCAGAGUGGGGUUAAAGAUUCAGGGAAGCCGUGAAGUGUGAGCGUUAUAGUUGUCUGGGAGAAAUUAUAAUCUUGCCUCACCUAUAACCUUGUUGAUGCAAAAAAUCUGAAAGUAUAUUAAAUAUGUAUUUCAGUUUAAUGUUGAACAUUAGUGGUGAGUAUAGCUCCAAUUAGUGGUAUCGAGAGGUACAAAUAUAUGCUGUAUGAUUUCUGAGGGUGUCAUCAGCCUGAAUAUCAUUAAUGGAAGAUGACCAUGUUAAUAGUCAUAAUGACAUAUGCUGCCACAAAUCUGGCUCCAGUUUGAGUUUUCACAGGAAGGAUAAUUGUAUCAGAUCCUCUUUUUUUUUGAGAAUUUGUCAAGUACCCCAUUAAAAUCACUGUGGGGACAACAACAGCCAUGCAGCAGCAGACUUUUCUUGUCACUUUAUUUUUCUUCACUGUGCCAAGAUAAUUACAAGUUAGGAAGGUCUGAUGCCAAAACAGGGCAAUUUGUAGCAUUGUGAACCAGGAGUUGAGACAAUAAUCCUCGCUGUUGUUGAAGUGAUAGGAGAAGAGCUGUCAGUGGUGUCAUAACCAACACAAGCUGCAGCCCUCCGACGUGUUCUUUUUGUGUUCUGUAGCAGUCCUCAAGAGGUUAUAUUUCCUGCUUUUAGAUGAUGUAACUGUUCAAGGUAAAUCUCAUUUAGAUGCGAUAAAUAAAAGGCCAUUAACUCAUUCUUCUAUUUAUAUCCAGCUAUUUAGGAUUGUGUGGCGCUCUGCCUACACUCUAAUUGGACUUUGUAAGGAAACGAAUAACUAAAUACAAAUAAACUAAUAACGUAUACAGUGUUUGAUCUCGGGUUAUGCCAUUGUGCUUUUAGGAUCACAUGUAAAAACACGUUUCCCCUGCCUGAGAUUUCAUUACUUUAAUAUGUAAAGACGUCCUGUUCUUAUUUGCAUUUCUGAUGAAUAAAACAACAC